AUGGGCGGCCCCUCCGCGCCGCUGCGCCUGGGGCUGCUCCGGGGGCUGCUCCGGGGGCUGCUGGUCCCGCUGCUGCUCGUCCCGCUGCCGGCACUGUGCCUCAAAGGUGCUGCUGUGACGGUCCCAGAAACACUGCUCUUCAUCUCAACGCUGGAUGGAAACCUCCAUGCUGUGAGUAAGAGCACUGGUGACAUCAAAUGGACCCUGAAGGAUGAUCCCAUUCUGCAGGUGCCUGUUUAUGUGGCAGAACCUGCGUUCCUUCCAGACCCCAAUGAUGGCAGCCUCUAUAUUCUGGGAGGAAAAAACAAGGAAGGUCUGAUGAAGCUGCCGUUCACCAUCCCGGAGCUGGUGCAGUCCUCGCCGUGCCGCAGCUCGGAUGGUGUCCUCUACACCGGGAAGAAGCAGGACACCUGGUUCAUCGUGGACCCCAAGUCAGGAGAGAAGCAGACCACGCUCUCCACAGAAGCCUGGGACGGUCUGUGCCCGUCGAGCCCCCUGCUCUACAUCGGCCGCACCCAGUAUGUCAUCACCAUGUACGACACCAAGUCUCGGGAGCUGCGCUGGAAUGCCACCUUCUCUGACUACUCGGCCCCGCUCUGCGAGGAGUGCCAUCACUACAAGAUGGCACACUUCGCCUCGAGCGGCGACGGGCUGCUGGUGACGCUGGACAAGGAGAGCGGCGAGGUCCUGUGGGCACACAACUACGGCUCGCCCGUGGUGGGCAUCUACCUGUGGCACCAGGACAGCCUCCGUCGCGUCCCGCACCUCAACCUGGCCAUGGAGACCCUGCGCUACCUGACCUUCCACUCGCAGGACAUCCACCUCCUCAAGGGCAGCUACCACUCCCUGAAGGACUUCUCUGCCACCAAGACCCAGCUGCUACCAGCGCUCUACGUGGGGAAGCACGCUGCCAGCUUCUACGCCCUGACCUCGCUGGUGCACGGCAGCGUGGCGCUGGUGCCGCAGAGCAUCACCCUGGCCAGGAUCGACGGCCCCACCACCGACGACGUCACCAUGAGGGAGUCGGGGGAGUGCGAGAUCACGCCCAGCACCGAAGUCAAGUACCCGCAGGGCAGCAUCGCCUCGCCCCGCAACCAGUGGCUGCUCAUAGGGCACCACGAGCUGCCCCCUGUGGUGCACACCACGAUGCUGCGAGCCUUCCCAGAGAACCUGAGGAAGACCACGGAAACCAUCAUCCUCAGGGCUCCUCCUGCCAGGACCAUGUUCGAUGAUUUCCUGGCCCCAAGCAGCUUGGAGGAGCCAGCUCUGCGUGGCAAGGAGCACUCCCAGCUGGACCCAGCGCCGAAGCAGAUGGAGGUGUACCCCGAGGCUGGCACCUGGGACCUGGUGCUGGCUGGCAUUGGCACGGUUCUGCUGGGUGGGGGCAUCCUGUUCCUCCUGGUCACGAGGCUGCAGAAGCAGCACGAGGUACAGCAGCAGCAGCUAGAGAAGCAGAUUCAGCUCCUGCAGCAGCAGCAAGAGAAGCUGCUCCCGGGCAGGGUGUCUCAAGAGAGUGUUCCUGCGGAGCCCAGGGAGCUGGUGCUGGGCCAGGGCAGCCUCUCACAGGUCUCUCAGAGCUCCAGCCACUCAGAUCACCUGAAGGACCUGCCUAAUGGGUUGGACAGCCCAGAUCCAGAUGGGUGGCUCUGUCCCUCUUCCUCUGCAGAUGCAGAACCAGAUAUGGUUGUAGUUGGGAAAAUUUCUUUUAACCCCAAGGAUGUGCUGGGACAUGGAGCUGGAGGAACCUUUGUCUUCAGGGGCCAGUUCGACGGCCGGAAGGUGGCCGUGAAGCGGCUCCUGCCCGAGUGCUUCCAUCUGGUGGACCGCGAGGUGCAGCUGCUGCGGGAGUCGGACGAGCACCCGCACGUGGUGCGCUACUUCUGCACCGAGCGGGACCGGCAGUUCCACUACAUCGCCACCGAGCUCUGCGCCGCCACGCUGCAGCAGUACGUGGAAAGCCCCAGCUUCGACCGCCGCGGCCUGGACCCGGUGUCUGUGCUGCGCCAGACCAUGUCGGGGCUGGCACACCUCCACUCCCUCAGCAUCGUCCACCGUGACCUGAAGCCCUGCAACAUCCUCAUCUCUGUCCCCAACCGCCAGGGGCAGAUCCGAGCUGUCAUCUCGGACUUCGGCCUCUGCAAGAAGCUGCAGGGGGGGCGGCACAGCUUCAGCCUCCGCUCGGGCAUCCCUGGCACCGAGGGCUGGAUCGCUCCUGAGGUGCUGCAGGAGGCCCCAAGGGAGAACCCGACGUGUGCUGUGGACAUCUUCUCAGCUGGCUGCAUCUUCUACUACGUGGUGUCAGAGGGGCAGCACCCGUUCGGGGACAGCCUGCGGCGCCAGGCCAACAUCCUGGCGGGCUCUUACCAGCUGAGCUGCCUGCAGGAGGAAACUCAUGACAAGGUCGUUGCUCGAGAGCUGAUUGUGGCAAUGAUCAGCCCUGAGCCCCAGCGCCGGCCCUCGGCCCCCAUGGUCCUUGUGCACCCCUUCUUCUGGAGCCAGGAGAAGCAGCUGCAGUUCUUCCAGGACGUCAGUGACCGCAUCGAGAGGGAGCCUGCAGAGGGCGCCAUGGUCUCUGCCCUGGAGCGGGGGGCACGGGCGGUGGUGAGGACCAACUGGAGGAUGCACAUCUCCCUCCCCCUGCAGACAGACCUGAGGAAGUUCCGAAGCUACAAGGGAGCCUCGGUGCGGGACCUGCUGCGGGCCAUGAGGAACAAGAAGCACCACUACCACGAGCUGCCAGCCGAGGUCAGGGCAGCCCUGGGCUCUGUCCCCGAUGGCUUUGUGCAGUACUUCACCUCCCGCUUCCCGCAGCUGCUGCUGCACACGCACGGGGCCAUGAGGGUCUGUGCCCACGAGCGACUCUUCCAGCCCUACUACUGCCAGGGACCAGGGGAUGAUGGCAUGUGACCAUGGACACACACCAGGAUGGCACCUGCAUGGCUGCUCCUCCCUGCCCAGACCCACAGCCCCUUGGACUCUCUGGUGUCCUUCUCUCCCUUCGUGGGGUGAGGUGGGGCCCCAGGAACAGCUGGUCACCCAGCAUGGGGUACAGGUCCAGAAGAGACGGGCAUAGGGUGGCACUGGGCUCUCACCUGAGGUCUCCUGUGCCAAAGAGGGACCCUCUGGGUACUCCCCUGUGCAACCACUCACACUCCGACCCAGCACCCUGGAGGCAUUUGUGUCAGAGAAGGAAAGCUCCCUGUGGUGGACACAGUGGUUGGGAAGAAGGAAGAAAAGGCACCUCCUGUUCUCCUGAGGGCAGCUGGAUGGAGCUAGGUUCCACCA